AUGACCGGGUACAAUGCGAGUUUGCGGGGAGCCGAGGCCCGCGGCGAAGCUGCCGAUUGGUGCCUGAGGCAAAAGCAAAAAUGUGUUUGUCUUGUUUGUCUUGUCUGCCGGAAACCGAGUAAUCACGUCCGUGACUGGUCCACAGGCCAUGGCACCAUUCGGCGAUUAAAGAUCAACCAACACAUUAUCGCUGCUCUCUGUCUGCUGGAACCAGGCGAUAUUACCAAUUGA